AUGUCGAAGGCGAAGUUUCUUCGGGAAUAUAAACUGGUUGUUGUUGGUGGCGGGGGUGUAGGCAAGUCCGCCCUCACCAUCCAAUUUAGUCAAAACCAUUUUGUGGACGAAUACGACCCAACCAUUGAAGAUUCUUACCGUAAACAAUGUAUGAUUGAUGAUGAAGUGGCAUUGCUGGAUGUAUUGGAUACCGCAGGACAAGAAGAAUACUCUAGAGCAAUGCGUGAGCAGUACAUGCGUACAGGAGAGGGAUUCCUGUUGGUAUACAGUAUCACGAGCCGGAGCUCUUUUGAAGAAAUCGCAACAUUCCACCAGCAGGUGUUGCGAGUGAAAGACAAAGAUUACUUCCCUAUGGUGAUGGUGGCUAAUAAAUGUGACUUGGAGUCGGAGAGGCAAGUAAGCACCUCUGAGGGGUAUGCUAUGGCAAGGCAGAUCGGGUGUCCAUUUGUCGAGACAUCGGCCAAGCACCGUGUAAAUGUCGACGAGGCUUUCAAUGACCUUGUUAGUGAAAUUCGCCGGUACAAUCAGGAGCAAACAUUUACCAAGCCAGACGCGUAUACUGCUGCUACGCCAGGUGCGACGGGCACGGCAGCUGUUCGCCCUCAGGACAACGGCACUGUUCCGAAGGGGUGCAAAGGCUGUGUCGUUAUGUGA